UGGUGCUUACUGUACAAAUAUGACCCAGUUGUGUCGUCAACCAGUUUGUUGGAAUCUCACUUCUUGCACUUCAAGAAACUGGAAGGAUGUCGGAUAACAGAUUUUGGUGGAUAGACUGCAGGGAAAAAAGUACAAUUGCUGGAUCACCUCAUCACCUCGCUCAACGCCUAGCAAAUAGAGUAAACAAUCAGACUGUCGGCACAGAGGACAAGGCUGCCGACAAGCGAAGAGCGCUACUGGACGAGAGAAGGCGCCGUCUGACUGAGAAUCUUGAACGAGUGUAUGAAGUGCGUCGGUCUCACGAGGAAAGACUUCAGCGAGAAAAGAAAAGCUUUCGAACAAAUUUAGAAUAUCGCAUGCAAACAGCAGUUGCGUAUAGGGAAAAGAGAUUGCGUCGUCUAGUGCUCUCCUGUGGCAAGGAAGUGAAGAGAGCGAAAUACGUAGCAAACGAGAGGAAGAGGAGGCUGCAGUUCAUGAAUGCGGACGCGUGUUGCUUUCUUGAUCAGGCUGUGCGGAAGAUUCAACGUUGGUGGCGCCAGGUGUGGGUGAGAAUUGCUCUGAGGACUUGCUCCGAGACGCUUCCUUCUCAACUCCUUCGAACCAAGCCUCCAUUACAAUUUGCAACUAUUCAGCGUCUAAUCACCUCGAAGGCUGCUUUGAAACCGACUAGGAGCCUGUUUGCCACUCUAAAUAAAAUGAAUGUGGCAUUUGCAAGCCCUGCUAGUGCUAGGAUUUUUCUUUCUGCUUUUGCCAUCUGCAACUUUCCAAGUAUUGCUCUUGGUCAGAAUGGUGGGCUCAAGGAGACAAAUCUAGAAGCACUGGCUGCUGCAAUUGUGCACUGUUUCCGACUUCUUCUGAAAGGAUUCCAUCAAAAUAUUGAAUCAUUUGUCUUUCUUUGGCAACAGUACAUUGCUGCUUUUGAUGAAUGGAAGAAAGCUGACAAGCAACGUCUUAUUUUGGAGUUGUGUGCUUUCUGGAAACAAGCAGAACAGUUGAAACGUAGCAUACUGGGCAAUAAUUCACUGCAGACUGAUGCUCAGGUGACUGUAGUUCAAGACAUUGAUCACAGGAUGCAGCAGCUGGAGCAAGAUCUGAGACGUCUAGGGGGAUGGGACACAAUGCGAGCUGUGCAAAUGGAGAGUGGUGCUUCAUCUCAAGAGAUCGAUAAACCUGAAUUGCCUCAAAUCCUCAGUGAGCAUACAGUUGAUCAAUCUGUCACAGCAGAGGGCAAUAGCACUAUAUUUAAAAAAAAACUAGAAGGAGCCAUUGAAAAGAUGAUGUUGACUCAUGAGUUAAAUGUCAAUGCUUCCUUUAAGCUGGAGCCUCAUAAGCCACCAGGAGGAAGUUUAGAGGAACUGGUCACUGGUGCAGUGCACAAGGCAUUCUGGGAAAGCUUGCAGGGACAACUAGACAAGAAUCCACCUGAGUAUCACCAGGCGCUUGGUCUAUUAGCAGAAGUGAAACAGGGUUUACUAGAGCUGAUACCACCACACCAUUCCACAAUGAAGGAUGAAGUCAAUCAAGUGUUGGAUUAUGAACUCGUCAGUCAACAAGCACAACAUGGCAUCCUCAACAUAGGCAGCUAUGCUGACUUCAUUGUCUCUGUUUUACUUUGCUUGUGUUCACCAGAAAGAGACGAAACUGUCAAGUCACUGCUUUUGUACAAAGGCAAUGUGGUAGAGCUUUUUAAGAAUGUCUUCAAAGUGCUGGAACAACUGAAACUUGACUUGGCCAACUUUCAGUUACAAAUGAUUAAGCCUCACUUACGACUUAGAGCAGCCGAACAUGAACGGGAAAAGUUUCAGGAAUUUCUUGAAAUAAGCCAAGGAGACUUGCGUGCUACAAAGAAAUGGCUUAAAAUAGCUAAAAGAGAAAGGAAUGCAUCAAAGAUGAUUAACCACGAAAAUAUCAUCGCUGCUGCUAUGGCAAACCUGCUCUUUUGGCCUGAUCAGGAAGACUAUCCAGAGACAUGGCAGUUUGAUGUUAUACGGUUGAAGACAAUGCAAUCAGAGUUUUACUCUUUGGUUUCUCUUUGUGCGUGUAUGACAGUUGCAGCAAGUUCACCGCUUGGGCAGCCACUGCAAAGGGACAAGGACCUAUUGGACCAUUUGAAAAGAGAUCUUCUGUGUGUUCUCAGGGGAAGAAAAGAAAUAAAUUUAAAAGAAGUUUCAUCUAAUGUGGCAGAACAAGUGAAAGCUGUGCUGCUGCAAUGGCGAAACAACCAUCAGCUACCUCCUCCAUCACCAACUGCUGGAAGUAACCUUUAUCAGCUUGUCAAAGCAACAUUUUGUCCACAACACCCUGUUUUUCAGCUGUUAUUAUCACGACUGAAGCCUCUAGUUGAAGAUAUUGUUUACAUGAAUCCAAGAGAAUCUACUUGGCAGGCUCCUCCUGGUCUGUUACUCUGCUCCACAGAAUUACUACUGGUUAUGGAAGAGUUUCACCACCUUGUACGCCAUAAUUGUCAAGUGUUCGACCCAACUUACAGAGCACUGUUGGACCAUUCUGCUGAAUGAUAUAUUCUUUAUUGGUCUGUUUUUGUUUAUUUUUGGUGAUGAUACAGAUGACAUGUUGUCAACUUGUGUGUCCCCUAACUACAGUGUAUGCAAAUGUAUGAAUGACCAGUAGACUGUAGUAGUGGUCUUUCUAAAGAUAUCUAUUUAUAAUAACUAACCACAGAAAGCAAACGUUUGACUUGA